GUACGAGGUGAGUGUACGUUAAUAUCGUUGUUACCGCGGUGAGGAAGAGAGAGCGAGAGCAAGAGAGAGAGAGAGAGAGAAAGAGAAACAGAGAGAGGGAGAACACGACAGUGAAAGUGGAUCAAUACGCGACGAGCGCGCGGCCCGUCUAGCAGCGUGCAGACGUUUCUACUGCGAAGGCACCUGUCCACUCGCAGAGCGGCAUUCGUAGCUAUUGUUGACAGACCAUCUAUUGACAGUUGCAACCAUCGAUUUUUGGGCUUCAAACGCGGCUUUCAAAUUUCGUGUACCGUCUGACAGAGCGAGCCGGUCGAUCCGGUGGGUCUCAUCGAGCGAGGAGCUCAGUGCGUUAGAAGUUCUGUCGGCUGACGAUCUGAGAAACGAUUCAGGUCAAUCGUGGAAAUUAACAGACGCCUGAAAAUCAUCCCUCAAUCGGAGAACGCACUAAUCCGCCGGUAAUCAUUUUUGCCGCGAAACAUGGUGGUGCGUGUCAUAUGUCGCGUCUCGGGGGACGAAUUAACACUGUCCGCUUAACACUGGUGGUCGAAGAGUGUCUCGAUUAUGCGCUUCACAGGUGUAAUAGUGACAGACCGGCGAUAAGUCGAUCGCAUUGCAUGGCGUUCGCGAAAUUGAAAACCUCGAGCGCGCAACGCUGAAAAAGACGAGAGGACGAAGAGGGAAUUAGAAAGCGCCUCGGGUCACCGUAUAUAUGCUGAACGGCCGAGAUGUACCCGUCUCACUUUGUGAGUAAGAACAAAGCCGCUGACACAUCGGCAUUUCACGGAAGAAAUGGUAUCCGGCGUGCACAGUGCUUCUUGCUGUUUUAUCUUUAUACGGAGAAUGGCCUGCAAGCAGGACUUCACCUGCCUGCGAUUUCUACGCUGGACUAUCCUGGUGCCGCUUGUGAUUUACAUCUCGUUUCUGUUCGUCAAGUACAAUGGAAACGUGCCUCUGAAAAGUCUAUCGAUCACUAACGAGAAGGACAAGAAGAGCUCCAUGAUGGACAACUUAUUUUUCGAAUUGGAAACUGUGACGGUCGACAAAAAGGACUUGACAAAGUACAAGGACUCUGGGAUCGAUCACAGAGCCGACGAAAGCAUACGAGAGAUUGAGGAGGCGGAAAACCGUGAAAAUCCAAGGACCCUUUUAGAAGAUAUCUUCCGGAUGGCCGAUAUCGAUGACAACCAACUGCUGGAUAUUCAGGAAUUAGCCAAGUGGAUCCACGCGAAGAUUACUGAACAUAUAACACGUGCUAUGCAAGGGAACGUCGGUUUAUUCACUGUUAUCGACAGGAAUCCUAGAAAUGGUGAAAUAUCCUGGGAAGAAUAUCACGCAUAUUUCUUGAGAUCUCAUGGUUUCUCUGAGAAUUAUAUAAAUUCCCAUGAUAAAAAACACAGCGAAAUGUCACGGACGCUGAAGGAAAGCAUAAUGAGGGAUAGAGCUCGAUGGGCUGAAGCAGCUAGAAAUGAUCCUGAGAAAUUAGCUUUGGACGAAUUUCUGGCCUUUACUCACCCUGAGAGUAGUCACAGGGCUCUAUUGCAAAUGGUGGAGGAUCUUUUCGAAAAAUUUGAUCGGGAUGGUGACGAACAGUUAACGGAAGACGAAUUUUCGGAUUUGCCAUCUGAUGGAGUCGGCCUGGAUUUACAUGAGGAUCGGCAGCAGUCGAUAGGAGGUAGUGAAGAUAGACGCAAGGAGUUUCGACACCUGAUUGACAAGAACAAAAAUGGAAAAGCCGAUCGAACCGAGCUUCUGAUGUAUAUCGAUCCACGAAACCCCAGACAUGCGAUCCAAGAAGCCCAACACUUAAUUACUCUCUCGGAUACGAAUUUAGAUGGGAAGCUAGAUCUUCCAGAAAUCCUCAGCAAGAUGGAUUUGUUCCUCGGCAGCAAAAUGGUGGACACCGAGAAAAGUUUCCAUGAUGAGUUUCGAUAGUUCUUCGCACGAAGGCCAGCGAUAUUACAAGCACGAAGAGAGGAAAAUGGCGAAUUAUUACAACCUCAUUAUGAACAGAGGAUUUCUAGAUAGACGGAUGUGAACGGAUAAUUCUUAAUGACAUCGGCUGGUUGCGAUUUCGAUAGAAAUUUCAACAAAAAUAUUUUUAAAUACUCCAGAAAAAUACUCCAGAUGAGUCAUGCGAUAUUUGUACCGAAUAGACAAUAUGAUUUUUCAAUCGAUAACGGCAAUAUCAGACCAAUACAGUUAAUCAAUCUAUUUGUGCAGGGUAUUUACUAGCGAUCCUGGUCAACUUUCUUUACAAAACGUUGAUCGAUAUACCGCGCACACCGUGAGAAUUAUAGGCUUUUAGAACAUAUCUGUGAUAGUCUUUACGACGUAGAGUAUCGUUUAAAUAGACACGAUUAUCAUACAUUUACGAUAAUGUUGGCAGACUAAUGUUACGUUAACUUACGAUUAGGUAAAUGAAGACUCGAUCAGAUCGUUUACAGGGUCAGAGAUUAUCGAUAAUUAUACUUGCCGGCUGGACGAUCGACUGUAAAACGGAUGAAGGGUUGUGAAUCCGUCCUUUCGUAGUUUUCUAUCGCGAUCUCUCGGCGUUUUCCGUGCGACACAUUCGUGAAUUAUUCAAGAGAGUUGCUUAGUUUCCGAGUGACAGUUUAAAAGGGAAUGUGUAAUCUCCCUUUUUGGGGAUUCCAUUUGAAAAUAUCACGGGAAUCACACGUACACACGCAGUUUUUGCGAGAAAAAUAUUGAUUAUAUUAACACUAUGUGACACAAUGUUAUUGUAUAAUAAUAUUGAUAUUAUAACAGUGAUGUAAUAUUACAAUAAUAUGAAUGUAUGUUUGAAUCGAAAGGUAAAAUGCUGCGAGAAAUUUACAAAUCUGAUAAAACGGAUGUUUCGUUCGGAGAUGUAUCAGGAAUAUAUUUCCGUUGGAACUCGUUCGGAGAUGUAUCAAGUAGCAUUCCGUUGAAAUGUGAAACGUAAAAGAUAUGCUCGUUUUGAUACAGAGCCUCGGAAGCCUAUGAAGGAUCCAAGUACGUUUGAUCGCUCACUGUCUAUGCGGAGCGCGCAACAUUUCCGUGACGAACAAAGGCUUAAUCUCUCGUUUUAGAGCAACAUUUCGUGUUUCUUACACCAUAUAAAGAAUAGAGCUCGGUGUUCCUUCGUAGAGAAUUUUGUAUGCUAGCGCUAGCGUUUUUCUAUAUUGUGAUGUGACGCAAUAAAAUCUGUUUAAAAACGAA